UUUUGUUUUCAGAAGGUAAAAUGUUAGAUCACCGUUUUUAACCAGAAGAAAGAUCACUUCAUCUUCACAGAAUCAAAAAUCAAACCAUAAAAAAGGACAAUUUUGUUGUUAUAAUUGUUUAUUGUUGUCCAAUUCCUAUCAAUUUACACUUUCUUCAUUCACAAUUUCCCUCUGCACCAAACCCUUCACUCAAUUUCACACAACCCACCAAAUUAAAUUUUUCAAUCAUCCAAACCCCAAAACUUAAAGAAUAAUCCAAUCGUACCCUCUUCUUCAAUCAAGAUCUUAUGUAAGGAAAAGAAUUAUGUUCGGAGGAGUACAAUUGGGGGUUGUAGCUGCCUGUAUUGUAUUAUUUGUGCCAAUGGGUAUGGCCGGUUGGCAUUUAAGCCGUAAUAAAAUGCUUUUCUUUAGCGGUGCACUUUUUAUUACUCUCGCCAUUGGUGUUCAUUUAACUCCUUAUUUCCCUUCUGUUUCUGAUUUUGUUUCCUCUGUGCAAUCCGUUGUCGUUUUUGAUAAUCGUGAGGAUUCUUGCAUUAAUUUGGUUAAUGAAAUUGUUUGGGAUGUUAAACCUAAUGAUAGUGUUUCUCUUAGUGAUGAUACAAAGAAUGGUUCUUUGAGCUAUGAAAAGAUUUGGGAUUGGUCCAAAGUUGGAAAGAUUAAGGCUUGUGAGUUUCAGAGAUUGGAUAAAUCUGAUGCGUCAGAUUUGCUUAAUGGAUCAUGGGUUGUUGUUGCAGGGGAUUCGCAAGCGCGGUUAAUCGUUCAGUCUUUGUUGAGUUUGGUUCUUGAUUCCGAACGAAUGGAGUCUGUCAAAGGUGAUUUGUUUAAGAGACAUACUGAUUAUCAGAUUGUUGUUGAUGACAUUGGUUUGAAGUUGGAUUUUGUUUGGGCUCCUUAUGUUGUUAAUUUAACCGAUUUGGUGUCGGGUUUUAAGCAUAAUAGAAGUUAUCCUGAUGUUUUGAUUAUGGGAGCAGGGCUUUGGCAUAUGCUUCAUGUGACUAAUGCCUCUGAUUAUGGAUUUGAUUUGCAAUCAUUGAGGAGUUCUGUUGUAUCUUUGUUGCCAUUUUCGCCGGAGUUAGGGACUGAUGGUCCUGUUACAGGUUCAGUUUCUGUUAGAUCGCCGCAUUUGUUUUGGCUUGGUAUGCCAAUGUUGAUCAAUGGGAUGUUGAACACCGAGGCAAAGAGAGAACGGAUGAGUGAUGAAAUGUGGCAUGCUUAUGAUAGAGCGCUGCGUAACAGUAGAUUAUUGCGUAGAUAUGGUGGUCCGCUUCUAUUGCUGGAUAUUCAGUCCAUGAGCUGGAAUUGUGGACCUCGGUGUACUCUUGAUGGGAUGCACUAUGAUCUAGCUGUUUAUGAAGCUGCUAUUCAUAUAUUGCUGAAUGCAUUGCUUAUUGAAUCUCAUCAGAAACUGGGAUCUAAAUAGUUUCGGAUUAUAUUUGAAUUGUGCACCUAACUUUCGGAAGGCGUGAAAUGCUUAUUCAACGGUCGUAAAGCUUUUGAUUCGCAUGAAAGGCUCAAUUUUCAGCUUAUUGCAUCUUUGAUUCGUUUUCCAGGUUUUUCCCUACUGCCUUUAGAUUAACUCUGGAGUAAAGUUUUGUAUAAACACAUUCACAUAUUAAAAUUCUUUUGUUUCUUAUUUCAUCUAUUCAAGUGAAUGAAUUUACUACGUUUGUACUA